AUGUUGACACUUUUAGUUCUCACUGCCGUCUGUUUGGAUAGCACUUUUGGAGACGGCUCGUCUAUAAAAAAGGAAUUUUCUGUCCAACCAGGUGGUAAAAAGUACUCGUCGACAAUUGAAAGGGAUGGAAUAAAAUGUACUUUCACUUAUGAAUGUCAAGGUGGAACGAACGAGCGGGAAGUCUGCCUUGAAGUCCAUCGGUGUUUGUAUGUGAUAUCUGCUCCCGUUGCUAUCUUUGGCCGUAACUAUCGAACAUUGUGGAGGAUGAGGAAAUGUAGAUCAGCUUCUGUAAAUAUUCAGGAAGGUCGGUCAAGAUCUUUCGAAAUCACCGUAAAUGGAAAUCUAAUUUUUUCAAAACUAAAGUGUGGUAGUUUUCCUUCAACAGAAGCCAUCAUUUCUGAAUUGAUUAACAUUGAGAAUGGUGAAACACCUAAUGAAGUAAUUGAAUAUGAAUCAUCCAAUUGUAAUUUACUUUAG